AUGAACGUCCUCACUGUGAUGAAAAACAACUCAACACCAUCAAUAAAAGCGUUGACACUUCCAAUGGAAACUGAACUUAGAGAUCUUCCUAUUGUUCGUCCAAUACAAAAAAAUAAACCGUUCAAAAAAGAAAUUGUGGAUUAUUUUAAAAAUAAUUUUUUGACAACCUUAAUUGGUUCAAUAAAAGAAACAUUUUAUUUUAUCAAGGAAUGUUUUUUGACGAUGUAUAAGAAGCCAUCAAAUGGAUUCAAGGCCAUUUUCACGCACCCAUUACUGUUAUCAAUUGUGUUUAUGGUCAGUAGUGGAUUUUUGAAUGCGUUGAUGAUUCCAUUUGCUCAAGAAUUUCAGCGUCAGUGGCAAAGACAGCAUGCCAACAUUGUGCUCCACCAAUUUGUUUUGGAUGAUGUUCUAUUUGGAAUCUUCCCAUUUGUGGAUUUGGUUGCGUUUGCUGACAAGUACAUUGGUUUCUUUGUGGUGAUGUCUGCUGUCAGAUUUUUCAUGACACCAGGGCGUCUUGUUGUUCUUCGUCGUUUUACUUUUCUGAUGGGUGUGAACUUCUUCCUGCGAUCAGUCUGUUUGUAUUUCACAUUGCUGAGUGACCCAUCACGAAACAUUUCUGAUGUUGAUGGAAAUCCACUUCUUGAGACGUUCCUUGUUGCUGGUGGCAUCCACAUUUCGACGGUCGACAAACUGUUUUCUGGGCACACAGCAACACUGACACUCUGUGGACUCUUUUUGUUGUAUUAUCACGAAACAUACCCACUUUUCUCAUCAAAGAAAUCGUCUCUUCUGUUUGGAAUCAUAUUCAAGUGUCUUGUCUGUCUCUACGUCUGCUGUGGGCUCUGUCUGUUUGCAGCAGUCAGAAUACACUACACAGUCGAUAUUCUUGUUGGUGCACUCAUCUCGUUCCUCGGAUUCUCACUCUACCACACCUACAUUCUCCUUGCUCAUACAAGAGACAAUUCAUUCAACAAAUUCCUCACCUGGUUCGAGGCAGAUGCUACCGAUAUCCCUAAAAUAAUUUUUAUACAGAAUGAAGAAGACUAA